AUGGUGUUGAUUACUGAAGAAAUGAUCAAGCAGUUCGAAAGUAUGGUGGAAAAAUUCGAUGAAAAAUUGAAGACGUCUUUCGAGAAUAUACAUCAAGGGUACCCGACUGAGAAUUUGGUGAGGUUUCUCAAAGCACGAGAUGGGAAUGUCUCUAAGGCCUAUGAAAUGCUCAUCGACUGCUUGAACUGGAGGAUAGAAAAUAAAAUUGAUGACAUAUUGGCUAAGCCAAUCAUCCCCGUCGAAUUUCAUAGAUUAAUCCGCGAUUCACAACUUGUAGGGAUGUCCGGAUAUUCAAAAGACGGCUAUCCCGUAUUUGCCGUGGGUGCAGGGCUCAGUACAUCAGACGAAACAUCGAUUGAGUACUAUGUCCUGUCACACAUUCAAAUUAAUGAAUAUCGAGAUCGCGUGAUUUUACCUUGUGCGACGAAAAGAUUGGGACGAUACGUAGGCACUUGCAUAGUGAUUUUUGACAUGACUGGUCUAAAGCUUUCUUCAAUCUAUCAAAUCAUUAAGAAGUAUUCCGAAAUGUCAACCGUUAAUGAACUUAACUAUCCAGAGAGGACGGAGACUUAUUUCAUAGUUAACGCGCCAUACAUGUUUUCGAUUGGUUGGAAGGUUGUGAAUCCUCUUAUGUUCGAGAGAACGAGGAAGAAGGUCAAGAUCCUUUCAGGAUCUGGGAGAGAUGAAUUGUUGAAGAUUAUGGAUUAUGAAUCUCUCCCACAUUUUUGUCGAAAAGAAUGGCCAGGAUCAUCUCGGCAUCCUACGCAUGGAACAGAUGGUAAUUGUUUUUCCUUGGACCAUACUUUCCACAAGGAAAUGUACAACUAUAUUAAGGAGCAAGAAAAGAGACUCGAGGAUCAAAACGGAAUUUCCCAUACACGAGCUUAA